AUGUCGACCCUUGAAGACUGGAUACGACGUUCAUGGCAGGUGGACGGAGAUAUGGACAUAAUGUUGCCAGGAAACAACUACUUGAUAUUCUUUUCUUGCAUGUCUGAUCGUGAUCGAGUUUUUGAGGGGGGCCCUUAUUUUUAUAAUCAUGUGGGGUUGUUUGUGAAACCUUGGUAUUCAGGGUUUAACUCUACGGAGGAUCUUCCAUCUAGGGUUCCCGUCUGGAUUCGCCUGCCCAGACUUCCUUUAGAGUUUUGGAGAGAAGACAUUCUGCGCCAGAUAACUGCCUUACUUGGGAAGCCUACUACAAUCGCACACCAGUCCCUAGACAAAAAGGUUAUUUCUUAUGCCCGUAUUUGUGUUGAAAUUGAUUUGAAUAACCCACUGCCGAAUUCCUUGGAAAUUUGCCUUGGUUCUUCUUCUUGGAUUCAGCAGUUAGAUUAUGAGUCCUUACCUUUUCACUGUCGAGUUUGCCAUGAGUAUGGACAUUUGCAGUGGCAAUGCCCUAGGGUUUUUAAGGGGAAUAGUGGUAGUUCCGAUGCGUCUGGCUCUUCUUCAGGUCUAAAGAUGGACAACACAUGCAAGGGGAAAGCCCCGACUGAUGAUGUAGGUAAGGAGAAAGUCAAGAUGGAUAAUGUUAGUAAAGGGCAAGCCCCGAUCAACGCACCAACCCCUGAUAAUGAUGGCUUGACUCUUGUUCGCGGCCGACCUAAGAAAAGAGGACAAAAGAGACCCUUUUUAGAUCGUGUUGACAUGUCCAAAGUCGCAUCGCUGCAAACUCCAUCCGGCCAAUGCAAAAUAGAAUGUACUUAUUGA